AUGACAAUCCAAUAGCCAUCAAAGCUGUAAAAUUCUAUUAGCUUAUAAAUUAAAUAACAGAGCAAACAUAAGGAUCUAAUACAGAAGGAAAAAGAAAUAUUGGAAGAACUCCAGAAAGACAAUAAACCAGGAUUCCCCUCUGUCAUCGACAGCGGUUAAGUGCUCAAUCUAGAAUGCAUUGUAUUGCCGUUAUAUGGCAAUAGUCUCAUGGACUUGAUGUGCCAAAGAUGGGACAGAAAGUUUAGUAUUAAAACAACUAGAAUUUUGAAAAACCUUCACGAAUGCGGUUAUAUUCAUCGUGAUAUCAAGCUGGACAACAUUCUCUUAGAUUAAAAAGAAACCAAUAAAUCUAGAAAUCUGAUAUUAAUAGAUUUUGGACUCUCCACGAAGUAUACUGAUGUCAAUGGAGAACAUCUGGCCAAAACAGGCGAAGAAGUUUUCGUAGGGAAUUAAAUUUUCGCAAGUCGUAGGGCCAUGUUGACGAAAAGCUAGAGUAGACGAGAUGACUUGGAAUCAAUGUUCUAUAUGUUGAUGUUUCUGUUGUAUGGAGAACUCCCUUGGAAACUAAGGCAUUCAUCUGCUUUGGAUUUCAAUAGUAUUUAUGAGAUUAAAUCUAAAUAUACAUAUAAGGAACUUUGGCCAAAUCUACCUAAGUGUUUAAAGAAAGUAGCUUAUUUAAUAUGGAAAUUAAAAUAUAAAGAAAAGCCCGAUUACGAAGCUUAUGAGAGAUACUUCAGCAAACAAAUAAAAAUUAUAAGUGGGAAGGUUGAUUUUAUUUAUGAUUGGAAUGAAGACAUCAUGAGAGCUCAAUCUCAAAUCGCAUUAUAAGAGGCUGGAGAACAUUCUAACAAAAUUUAGUUUAUGCCUGAGAUAAGGUAGAGAGCUCUCUCAAUAGACAUACCUGGUACAAUCAAAGACAUUGCCGAUGGUUUAAAUAUUAAAUAAAGUUAUGUGCCUCCUAUAGAAGAAGAAGAGAAUGAAGAAGAAUCGAUACUUUCUCGAGGAUUAGAUAAAUCAGAUGUGGGUAUUGAGGGUUUGGAAGAUUGCAAACCUACAGAGAGAAGAGACUUUCAUAAAACUUCGACAAAACCUUCUCUAAGAAUGAUUAAUUAAUAUAAAAACUAGCCUAAUGAGUAGAGCUCUCCGGUUCAAAAUUAUGAUAUUCUAGACAUUUUCAGCUUUAAUUCACGUGACGCAGGGCUUGAAGAGUUCAAAGAAAGUGAAAGCUAUCAACCUAAUUUCAACAGAUACUCCAUGUCCCCAAAAGACAAUAGCACUCUACUUUAAAGUUCCCCUUGCAUAAACAGACCUUUCUCUUGGGACUGCUAAGAAUCACUCAUUAGUAAAUUCAUAGAACCCAAUAUAUGA